AGUGUGAGUCAGUCCCAGUUCCAGCCGGCCUCCCCACUGUGCUGCUCCUAUGGCGGACUCUCCUCUUAACAACUCCUGGCCCUCCUUCUCCAAACUCUGGAUGAAGAGAUGGUCUUUCAAGAGAGCAUCAGAGUGCAAACCAUGUAGUCAGCCCUGUGGGUCUCUUGGUGCCCAGCUCACUGUCCAGUCUCCUGCUUUCACUGGGAGAGGAUCUUCCUCCUCUCUGUCGCCCGCCUCUGUCGCUGAAGAUGUCUUCUUUGAUAACACCUGUGACCAGGAUGCAUGUUCAGUAGUCAGUGACUACGACUGCCUUGGUGUGGAAGUGGGCAGCAGCGUGGAGGACCUGAUGGGAAUCAGUUCCUCGUUCAAAGACUCUGAUUACUUCAAAGACUUGGAGGGAGGAAUAUCAGCCACAGUUCCAGAAAACAGAGCCCCACAUGACUCAAAGAUUUCAUCCAUCAACAAACGUGUCCAGACUUCUCUGCCCACACUCUUCUCUCGGGUCAAUGCACCAUCACUGCCCUGCUACACACACCCUGAAGAGGAACCGCACUGCAACUUUGUGGUCACUCAGCUCAGCCCUAAGUCACAUCCAGGUUGUAUUAUCAACAGCAGUGACUCCUCAGGUCUUGCAGUCGGGCUUAGUCUGACCAUAAAUCUGAAUGGACUGUUGGAAUCAGUGGAAACAGCAAAGGGAAAAACGCUAUCAGACUGUGUAACGACACCGACCACAAUGGAUUCUGAGGGAGAGCCAGAUGAGGACAGCUUUCCUAUCCUGGUCAGAUCCAUGUCGACAUCUCGAAGGCACAGCUUGGGCGUUCCUGUGUCCCCCAUAAACCUGGGGAGGAGACUGAGUCUGGAUACCAUGGCCAUGAACAGCGAUGGGGAGCGAGAGGAUGACGAGGAGAGACAGAAUAGUCUCUUCCAGUCCACCCAGCAGCAGACCUACAGCUGCACAGCAUGUCCAGUGGACGAAACAGACAGUCCCCGGUUGAGGGUCCCCCGUCCCAGAGCCGACGUCACUCAAAUGGCCAGCGGUUCACUUGGCAGACAUCUGUAUUCCCGCUCAGAAAUCCUCGCCUCAGACGAAUAUCCCCAAGCGGCACACAUUUCCCACGUUGUCCAGACGUCCAAACAGGCCGCAAGGGCAGCGGGAGCGGAGGAGUUUGACCCAGAAGAAAAUCUUCAUUCUACUGAUGGACAGAGCCAUAUAGUCAAGCAGAGGAACAACAGAUCAGAUGUCAAAAAUUCAGAAAGUGUCACUUGGUACGAGUUCCUUUCUCAUAAGAAUGAGGAAGAGGAGGAUCGUACAGAGAAGGUGGAGAAAGGCACCAAGGUGAAGAGGACUCUGAGUUCUUUGAGGAACAGAAUGGCUGGUUCCUUUAAUAAAGAUAAGGGUAAGAACCGAGAAAAAGAUCCGCAGAAGGAGAAGGACGCCAAAGACAAAUUGUGUGGCAGAAGCAGCAGCAGCAACAGCAGCAGCAGCAGCAGUGGACAUUAUUUGGUGCCAGGCGCUUUUUCCAGCUGUGCCACCUGCUCACUGUGUAGCAAGAGCCUGCAGAAAAGGCAUGGCCUGCAAUGCAUGAUGUUUCUCAGUCAGUGUGUUGAGGCUUUGCUUGAAACGGUUUGAAGAUGGAUUACUUACCCAGCAGACUUACACAGUGGUGGUAUGUUGCGCUUUUUGUCUUUUACCUGCAGGGUUGGAGUUUGCAAGUAGAAAAAAUUAGCUCUGGGUUCGGCUGUGAGUUUUUUGACUUAACUGAGUACAAUCUAAGGAAUCCUAGCUCGUAUGAAGCAAUAAGGUCUACAGGGGUAUGCCCUUAUUAGAUAUUGUUGUGGUUUGGUGCAAAUUUUCCUCUGUACUGUAAUAUCAGGUCAUUGCUGGUUGAGGGACAUGACACUCCUGGUGAGGAUCAUUAAGAAGCAAGUUACUGCAUUAUUUUCAUUCAAAUCUGUGAGAAAUUGUUCAUUUAUUACCAAAGAGAAGGAGACUGAAGAAAACAAGUU